AUGGCCGAUGCGUCCCCUCUAUUCAAUGGAAUAUGGAAAUCCAUCGAUUCGACAGGUUUCGAGGAUUUUCUACAAGCAAUCGACAUAGGCGUGACCUGGAGGGUCCUGGCUUCGGGAUCGAAUCCGUCGAUUGAGAUUUCUGUUGACGGCAAGGAGUGGACGAUAAAAACGCAUACUCUGCUGCGGACCCAUGAGCUGUCAUUCAGAGUUGAUGAAGAAUUCCUGGAAAAGCGGAUCGACGGAGUUAGGGUAAAAACCAUCUGUACCCUGGAAGAUGGAAAGUUAGUUCAGACGUGUCGUGGCGACAAGACCAUCGAGAUAACCCGAGAACUUCUCGAGGAUGGGGAUCAAUUGCUGACAACUUUUGCUUGGAAAGAUAUCAAAGCCACCAGAUUGUACCGUAGGAGUAAUAGAAUAACGCGUUAG